AUUAAUUUCAUCAAUAAAAAUUACUCGUAUUCUCUUUAUUUCGUGAACUAAUCAAGAGACGAUGGAAGGCAAAUCGGUUAUUAUGACUGUACUCAUACUGAGCUUGUUGUGGGACAACUUCAAGUUGAGGCAAAGAGCUGCUGCCCAAAAUAUAGAGAAUACCAGUGGAUGGGAGCCUCAUUUGUUAUACACACGACAAUCUCGAAAACACUGUACGUAGUACUAGGAGGAGAAGCUUAUGAAUGACAGGUGAAGUUUGUGGUGGCAAGUGAAGCUUGAAUGGUAGAACACCUACGACUAUUUAAGUUGGAGAUCUGUAAGUCUAGUUCCAUCACCAUUUCAUCAAUAUAAAGUAUUGGUAUUCUCUAUAUUUGGGAAGAAGAUAGUGAACUAAUCAAGAGACGAUGGAAGGCAAAACUGUUUUUAUGACUGUACUCUUACUGAGCCUUGUUGUGGGACAAAUUCAAGUUGAGGCAAAGAGCUGCUGCCCAACUACGACUGCCAGAAAUAUCUAUGAUACCUGCUAUGAAACGGGAGUCUUAGAAACAGUUUGUGCAUCAUUCAGUGGAUGCCAAAUCAUUUCUGGGUCUACAUGUCCCACUGGUUAUGAAAAUGACAUUCUCAAAAACACUGGUGAUGCUGCCAAUGAAUACUGCAAGUUGGGGUGUGCAUCCUCUGUGUGCGGUGCCAUAACCACUCUCCAAGACUUUGGCGCAGGUAAAGUUGUGAAUGGAGCUGUUGAAAAAUGUAUCAUGGCAUGUUCUGCUCUCUGCACCAAGUAUUCUAUUAGAACUGCCUAAACAAGCAUAUUCUGUAAAACUGAAGGGGUAGUCAUCUCCGGCUUUCAAUAAUUUUCAUGUAUGUGACAACAAUAUGCUAGACUCUAGUGCUAGCUACUUGUGUUUAAAAUGUUUUCAGUUUGUGUCUGUCUAUGUCGUAGAAGGCUGUUGAUCCUAGAUUGUAUAUCCUUCUACUUGCUAGCUCUUAUCUAAAUAAAGAGUAGUGUGUCUUUUUUAA